AGCACCCACUUGCUGUGAAUAGCAGAGUUGCCAUCUAUUAAUUUGUAAACGGAAAAUUGCUAAGAUACGUUUAUUUUAUAGCCUAUAGUUGAAAUAUGAGUCUUGUGCGCUUGAAGCUGUUGCGCCACGUCCAACGAUGCCCCAUUGGACCCCACUGGAGCGAUUUUCUUAAGGCCUCCACCGCUGCGAAUGUCAACUUUUCAGCCCCGGCCGCCAUUAGAACGGCGACAACAUUUGCAGUAAAAGAAAAUCAUCGCCCGACUCCUCGCUUGUCUGCUGCAUUUAAUUUACGCAAGUAUUCGUGCGGAUCAAUUGGAAAAACCAUGGAAGAGAAUUGUGUGGUACCCGAUGUCAUUGCCAAGGCACCAAAGGCCACCGCAACUGUGGAAUAUCCGUGCGACAUUGUCGUAAAGCCCGGCAUCGUGCUGACCCCCACACAGGUGAAGGACCAGCCGUGCGUGAAGUGGGACGCCGACGCCAGCAAGCUGUACACCUUGUGCAUGACGGACCCGGACGCACCCAGCCGCAAGGAGCCUAAGUUCCGUGAGUGGCACCACUGGCUGGUGGGCAACAUUCCCGGCGGCGACAUUGCCAAGGGCGAGGUGCUGUCGGCCUACGUUGGCUCCGGUCCCCCGCCAGACACUGGCCUGCAUCGCUACGUGUUCCUCAUCUACGAGCAAAAGUGCAAGCUCGACUUUGACGAGAAACGUUUGCCCAACAACAGCGGCGAUGGACGCGGCGGCUUCAAGAUUGCCAAGUUUGCCGAGAAAUACAAUCUGGGCGACCCGGUGGCCGGCAAUCUGUACCAGGCCGAGUACGAUGACUAUGUGCCCAUUCUGUACAAGCAGCUGGGUGCCUGAAUUCGCAAAAAAAACCCUGCGAUUCACGUAAACAAACAAUUAUAUAACUGUACUAGUAGUCGUCCAUUUGGAUGCGUUACACAAAUUGCAAAUUUCCUGUACGUAAUGCCUUAAAAGACAGACCAGACACAACAGCAUCGAACCAAUUGUGAAUAUAAUAAAAUGUAGAACCUUUUUGCUGGCAAUAAAAUUGUUAAAUAAAUC